AUAAUUUUUUUGAACUACGUACAUUUCAUACUUAUGCUAGCAAUUCCCAUUCUACUAUUUUGAUCGGAAACAAUUAUCAUUCUCUCGCAAAAAAUUUGUCGGAUAGAGUAGACUAGAAAUUCUACAUAGUUGAAAACAACAUGGCAUUAGGUGACGACGGAGAUGCUGUUACUUCCAAGAUGAAGCAAAAGAGUAAGAGAUUACCAGAUUUCUUACAGAGCGUGAAUUUGAAAUAUGUCAAGCUGGGUUAUCAUUACUUGAUUUCCCAUCUCUUCAGUCUAUUUCUUAUACCUAUUUUCAUACUUCUCACUGCUGAAGCUAUGCAAAUCAACCCUACGGAUGUGUAUGAGCUUUGGCAUCAUUACCUCAGGUACAAUAUCGUCAGCGUAGUAACUUCCGGGGUUUUCAUUGUUAUGGGUUUGACCAUUUACAUAAUGUCUCGGCCUCGCCCCGUCUACCUUGUCGAUUAUGCCUGUUAUCGCCCACCAUCUCGCUUUCAAGUUUCAACCCAUCAGUUCCUUGAGCGUUCUCAAAAUCAUUACGGUGAACUCGAUGAAUCUUUAAUGGAGUUUCAACGUAAGAUUGUAAAGCUGUCUGGACUUGGUGACGAGACUUAUUUUCCUGAAGGAUUUCACAACAGCACAUCUUCACCACCUACAUAUACAAUAGCCUUGGCGAGGGAAGAGACAGAGCAAGUGAUGUUUGGUGCAUUGGACAUUCUAUUUUCUACUACAUCUGUGAAGCCCAAAGACAUCGGAAUUCUUGUUGUGAAUUGUAGUUUAUUUAAUCCGACUCCAUCGCUCUCCGCCAUGAUCGUCAACAAAUACAAACUUAGAAGUAACAUCAAGAGCUUCAAUUUAGGUGGGAUGGGUUGCAGCGCUGGAGUAAUUUCAGUCGAUCUUGCAAAAGACUUACUUCAGGUUCAUCGAAACACCUAUGCGAUUGUCGUGAGCACAGAGAAUAUUACCCAUGGCGCCUAUCCUGGAAGCAAGAAAUCCAUGAUGUUAUCUAAUUGUCUAUUCCGUGUAGGUGGUGCUGCGAUGCUUCUUUCCAACAAAUCUAAAGACAAACGAAUAGCAAAGUACAAGCUGGUUCAUGUGGUGAGAACCCACCGCGGGUCGGAUGAUAAGGCUUUUAAAUGUGUUUAUCAGGAUCAGGAUGAAGCUGGUAUAAUAGGCGUUUCAUUGUCCAGAGAUGUCAUGGCAACUGCAGGAGAUGCCCUUAAGAUCAAUAUCACUACUUUGGGUCCCUUAGUCCUUCCGAUAAGCGAACAACUUUUCUUUUUAACUACUCUAGUUAUCAAGAAGUUGUUCAACCCUAAAGUGAAUCCUUGUAUACCAGAUUUCAAACUUGCAUUUGAGCAUUUCUGUAUACAUGCUGGAGGAAGAGGAGUGAUCGAUGAAAUGGAAAAGAACUUGGAUUUAUCACCAAUUCAUGUGGAGGCUUCUCGUUCGACGCUUCAUCGGUUUGGGAACACAUCAUCAAGUUCAAUUUGGUAUGAGUUGGCCUAUAUUGAAGCCAAAGGAAGGAUGCGCAAGAAUGACCGUGUCUGGCAGAUUGCAUUAGGGAGUGGUUUUAAGUGUAACAGUGCAGUAUGGGUUGCUCUAAAGAAUGUGAAACCCUCUACUAAUAAGUGUAGUCCAUGGAGAGAUUGUAUUGACAAGUACCCUGUUCAAACAUUUCAGUAAAUUACUUCGUAAGUGUUGAGAUGUAGUGCAUGAAACUUGUGGAAUGGUGCCCCAGUCGUAUUCCCCCGUCUUUAGGAAUUUAUUGUAUUUUGAGUCCUGUCAGAUAAGUACUAUCAGUUAGGUAACUUGUGGGUGCUUAGUGUGUUUACUGGUUAAGUGAAGCUAAAGUAGGCGUUUGUUAUUUUCUAGUCUAUUCAAAUUGAUAUUCA